ACGCCCAAAUAACCUCCAUUAUUAAUAGUCCUCCACAUGGAAGAGGUUGAUCAAGAGCCUGACACCACUGGCGUUUCUUCUACCACGAACAGGUGGCAGUUUCUAUCAGAAGGAGUGUUUAGUCAGCAUGUGCCUAGUCCAGCAGUCGCUAGACCAGUAGGAGCUCUGAGAUCCACUGUAUUACAAAGGAGGACCAGAACUGAUGAUGCACCGGAAAGAAUUAAUACCUCUUUGAGGACGUUAGACUCCGUAUUGGGCGGAGCUUCACCUGUGACCACACCCCUAGCCUCUAGGAGCCACCUGCCAACACUAGAGGCUUCUGUCAGGUCACCAAACGUAACACUCAGUCUGAUGAAUGAAUCAGGUGUGUUAAGACGUAUGGAACUAUCAGCAACACCAAUCACACCACGUCCUAGGACCAAUGAUACUAAUAAUACCGGACUAUUUUCACAGAUUGAGGAUCAGUCAAGUUUCCAGCUGUCAUUAGAUCAGUCUCUUUCCUCUCCUCCUCUUAAACUAAAUGAGAAGACCUACCCCAACCACCCAAUGCUUCAAGUUGGUUUGGAACUAAUGGCUACAUUCCACAACCACCUUCAAGAGAAGAACAGUCCAGCACAAUUACUGGAGCUAUUGGAGGGAAUGGAACAAACUUGUGCUUUCCAAAUUGAUCACUUGAAAUCCCUUGAAAACCCCACCAAUGUUAAGGAUGUACUCCGUGAGUUGCAGUUGGAGCGGGACACUUGGCAGCUAAUGAGAGGGCUCUACUCUGACCGCCUCUCCUCUGAAGAAGAAGAGGAGGAAGAAGAUAUGAUAGAGAGAGAGCUUCUUCCAAGGACUGACAAGUCAAUCAUUGAAGACUUUUAUUCGUCUGACAAGUUCAUACGACAGGCUCAGAUUGUAGUUGAUUGGUUGGAAGAUAUUGCUAGUCGUCAACUCAGCAAUUUCCCAGCAAAAGUGAAAUACUAUACUGACUCAGUGAGCUGGGAGAGCACGUUACAUGAUGUUCAACACAAUCUUAACACGGAGCACAUUGUAACUGAGCUGGAUCCUGAUGGUCCCUCUAGACAAAAGAAGCAUCUCUCUGACUUGGAUGAGAAAGAUGAAGCUUCACUUGCUAAGCACCUGUUUGAGUGUGUUAGGGCAGGAGACAUUAACAAGGCUCAAGAACUGUGUCUUCAUUGCGGUCAGUCAUGGAAGUCAGCUACUCUUGACGGCUGGAAACUCUAUCAUGACCCCAACCUGUUGAAAGGUAUAGACAGUGAGUUGGAGGAGGUUGAAGGUAAUCUUGGUCGUACCUUAUGGAAGAGCUCCUGCUGGGAACUUGUUAAAAGUUCGUCAUAUUGCGAUCAUGAAAAAGCUCUUUAUGCUGCUCUUAGCGGUAACAUAUCUCACCUCCUCCCAGUCUGUCAGAACUGGUAUGAUUAUGUGUGGGCGUAUUUUAAGGUCAUGAUAGACGUUCGUGUUGAACAAAAAACAUCAAAAUUUUGA